AUGAAGCUUGUCGUUUUGGCUAGAUUGGAAUCGACACCUGAUGCAUUGUUCCAAUCAGAUGCUGUAAAAUAUGCAUUCAUUGGGUUGAUGCGGGACCUUCGAGGAACAGCAAUGGCUACUAAUAGGUUGGUAACAACUCCAUUAUUGAAAUUCAUGGCUGAACUAGUACUGAAUAAGACCCAGCGAUUGAAUUUUGAAUAUUCUUCGCCAAAUGGGAUACUUCUUUUCCGAGAAGUUAGUAAAUUGAUUGUUGCUUAUGGAUCAAGAAUUUUAACUCUUCCUAACAAAGCGGACAUGUACACGUCCAAAUACAAGGGGAUAUCAAUUUGUUUGCUAAUUCUUACUCGAGUGGAAGGGACUGCUCUGUUGGGAGCAUUCAAGUUAUUGAGAGCGCUUGUUGAUGCUCUUGAUAUCACUGUUAAGAUGAUAUUAUCAAUUCCUUUGGCCGAUAUAUUUGCAUUUCGGAAGGUGCAACUCUACAUUUACUCUCACUCAUGA